AUGGAUUCUGGUAAUAGUGGAAGUAUGCAGUCAUCUAGUGGUGGUGAUGAAGAGUACGAUUCACGCGCCGCCGCCUCAAUCUCAGCUUUCCUGAAUAACCCAACAGCUCAUGUUGGCCCCAUUUCUCAACCAUCACAAUUACCUCCGCUGCCGCCGCUACAAAACUCCACUCAAACAGCUAUGUUUGAUUCACUAUCAAACUAUUCACAGCUUCAAAAUCCGAGCUCACUUUUUAAUCCAAACAUGAUCUGGUCCAAAACCCUAAGAUCUGACCCAAAUUCCACUGAUAACAUCAACCCUUUACUCUCCUCUUCCCCGUUUAUGGAAUCUUUUAGUGCUGUUCAAUCAACUUUAGUUUCUGCUUCAACAGUACCAGCUGCUAUAUCAGGACCAUCUGAUAAUUAUAAUCAAGUGUUGCGUAAUCCAAAGAAAAGAUCGAGAGCUUCUAGGCGUGCACCAACUACUGUUUUGACUACAGAUACCACCAAUUUCAGAGCCAUGGUGCAGGAAUUCACCGGCAUCCCGGAACCACCAUUCACUUCCUCACCCUUUCAGAGAAGUAGGAUUGAAUUUUUUGGUACGCCCACCUCCGCCAUCAGAUCUAGCGCCUUAGAUACUGCACAGCCACCGUAUCUUCGACGGCCGUUUCCUCAGAUAACGCAACCACCACCAGCACCGCCACCACCAUCAUUUCAUUCAUCUGCUUCAUCUUCUUUUCUUAGCCCUCCUCAAAGUUCCAACCUUUUCGCUACACUAUUUCAGUCAACUAUGAAAUUCCCACUUGUGAACUCGGCCGCCAUGAUCGGCUCAAAAGCACAUGAUUCAUUUCAAAUUCCAUCAAAUGAUUCAUAUAUCAAAAUGGGAGGAGUGGAUGAAUAUGCAGUGAGUCCAAGAAACGAUUAUCAACUUGAAGUGAGAGGCAAUUACUACAACUUUUCUACGAAUUCUACGAAUGGAAAGAUGAAUAAUUACUUGGCUAAUUCUUCUCCCAGUUUUCACGGCGAAAAGGGGCCGGAUAGUGUGGCGGCCACAAGGGGUGAAGGUAUGGUGGAAUCAUGGUUAUGUUCUUCUUCAGACUAG